ACCGUUCAUCACAUACCCUGUCAUCUGGUUAAGGGUUACGGUGGCAAUGGUCGGCAAGUUCUUCAUCACCAGCUCUUAUGGUAUUAUCUAUGUAUACGCGGCAGAAAUAUACCCCACGAUCAUAAGGCAGGUGGGGGUCGGGUCGUGCUCUGUGGCCGCACGGGUAGGCUCUAUGUUAGCGCCGUUUGUCAAGGAUCUGAGCACCUACACCGGUAUGGGACUCGUACUGUCCAUAUUUGGCACCCUUUCCAUCGCCGACGGAAUUACUAUUCAUUUUUUGCCCGAAACUCGUGGCAAACAUAUUGCGGAUACCUUUGAAGAGGCGGAGAUACUGAACCGGUAG